UCGGACCCCGCGAUAACGGGACCAGCGGUAUUACAAAAUGGCGGCCGAUGUAAACGGCGAAGUAGAAACACGCAUCGAACCAAAAAAGAUUGUGAGCGAAUUUUGUCAUUUGCUGGAAAAAUCAAGACUUCUCUUUAAUUCUUUAAGAGACCUUCCCCAGUUUGGCGGAAAACACUGGCAAACUCACUUUGGAAAAACUUUUGACGUUUAUACAAGGCUAUGGAAAUUUCAGCAACAAAACAGAACUAUACUAGACGAGCAUUAUCAUUUGAAGAGAUGGCAAAUUGGGGAGAUUGCCUCAAAAAUUGGACAACUUUACUAUCACUAUUAUCUUCGCACAAGUGAGACAAAUCACCUUCAAGAGUCAUUCGCAUUUUACUCUGCCAUCCGUUCACGCGCAUACUACAGUCAAGCCAGCAAAGAAGAAAAGCCUGAUCUGAUGGUUAAAAAGCUUCGCUAUUAUGCACGCUACACUGUUGUCUGCCUUCUCCUUAACAAGAUGGAUCUGGUUAAGGAACUUGUCCAGGAAUUCACCCAUUACAUGGAGGAGUAUGUUACAGUGUAUGAUGCAGAUGAUGAUGAGGAGUGGAGACUUGUGAUAAGUGAAGUUACUGCAUUUGUACAGGCUGAUAACCUUGUCUCUGUAAUGACGCCUGAUGUUCUACCAGUCAUGUUAUCGCAUAGAACGAAGCCAUUGGAUAUUCCCAGCAUGCACACUGGCCCUCCAAGUGGAUCAAUUUUGUCGCUACAAGAAAUCAUCAUCAUUGGCAACUGUGAAAAACAGGUGAAGUUUAGUGAACUCACAUUAGACAUGUUUCGCAUGCUACAAGCCCUUGAAAGAGAACCAGAAGAGAAUCCCCCAAGAACUCUAGAAACGUCCAUGUCCAAAGAACUACCAGAAGAUAGGUCCUCCACAGAGACAUCUAUUAAUCCCAAACGACCCAACCCUCACAAAUACCUACUUUACAAGCCAACCUUUGCACAGAUUCACGUGUUCCUGUCUGUUGGAUUUAAGGAAUUGCCCACUAAUGGUGUCUUGAUGGUGUAUGUAUCGGGUGAUGCUUGUGUGGGGUCAAGUCGUCAAGGUGAUGACGGCCCUUAUGAGCAAGGUGGGGUCUUAACAUCACAGCGAAAGACUGGUAACGAAGAAGGUGGUGCUAAGCGACGACCCACGAACACUAAAGAGGCUCACUGCUUAUAUCCAGAUGAUGUGGUUCCAUUGACAAGAAAACCUCUGCUGGUAGUUGUUGAUUGUCCCUCCAGCCAUGCAUUCAAGUUCUUCCCCAAUUUGUUUGGCCAACCACUGCUGUGUCUGAUGUCCUCUUCCUCUGCUCCCGUAGCGGUAUCAGAGUUAAACCGCAAGGGGAGCUUGUUCACAAUGUUCUUGUACAGUCCCCUCGUGGCAUUCAGCUAUAUUUGCAGCAUCGCCGACCUUCGCAGUGACAUAUGGGAUAGCUGCCAGCGUCAAAUCCGCCGCAUUCUCGGCGACAUCUUACGGGUGUUCCACGACUGGUCACGUGCUGUCGACUUGACAUUCCAGAAGUUUCUAGAAGAUGACUUGAUGAAGAUGCUGAUUCUUCGCUACGUGUUCUGCUUUUACGCCAUGCACCUUCAUCGGGCAUUCAAGGGUUCCGAAUAUUACCCGAAGUGUUUUCCAAAGCUUCCAACGGAGAUCCUCAUCAAUGGUGGCGUCGAGAAACAGGUUCUUGAGCUCGCCUCCAUGUUAGAUGUGCGGAGUCUAUUCUACGAAGUCGGCGAAGCGCCGCCUUUUGAUUGAGGACGAUUCUUUUUUAUCGUCGCUGUCACCAGGUCACACUUGUAAAGCAAGUCGCGUCCCAAAAAAAUAUUAAGAAAAUGACCUAACGCAAUGUUUUAAUCACUUUUGAUUAGAAGUCAUCAAAAUUUAGACGUUUCCAACAGUGGUAGCGACUGAAAAUAGAAUCCAUAUAUAGAAUAUCUGGAAAUAGAAUUAGGUUUUACAUUUUUUUUUCGCUGCAUAGCUACUCUGUUUUUGCAUUUGUGUGCAACAUAAUGUGUAUGGUAGAUGGAAUGGGGAUGUUAUAUAUUUGGCUGAUUAUGAUGGCUCUUGUAGGGAAUUUAACACAAAACAAUCGUUCAUUGUUUUUUUUUUUCUCUUUCAAGCCAGCCCCAAAUUCGGUGCUUAAGGUUAUAUCUCUGAGUUCAGAUCUUACUAUAAUUCCAAGUUCAGAGGAAAAACCUUAAACACAAAUGUUUUUUUUUUUAAUCCGAGAUAAUUUCGGAGGGAGGCAAACAAUUUUUCCACUACAUUUUUAUAAUUGUCGUCACAUGAUUAUGACAUAAGAAUAACUUGUUACUCCCUUUUCUUAUGGUGUGUAUGCAUUAACAGGGUUAAAAAUAACUUUUUUUCAAUCUGCUAGGUUCUUCCGGCUGUUUAAAUUUGGUGGCGAAAUAAAGCCUUCAUCCCCAAAUUAUGAAAGGGGAGUACAGAAAAAAAAGUGCCGGCAAACACCAGAAAUUCUGAACCCUGAUCAAGCAGACACAUUGUAAAUAUAUUGAGCUAUAUCGAGCUAUGCUCAAGUAUCCUAGAAGCAGAGCUGGCACUGUUCUAGGAUAAGGAGAGGCUGGGAAUUUAUUGCAAAGGUUUCCAUAAUGGACCGUUUCUUUAUUCGGAGUGGUGGAAUUGAUGAAGGAAGUAUGCCAGGAAUAUUACCUCAACCGCCCUUUUCCCUCCACAGCUGUGUGCCAUGACAAAGCACAAUUGGGGGGAGUGGGUGCCUGCUGUUCCUAACAGUUGUUUCGAUUCUGAUAAAGCAAGCAUUUAUUAUUCAUUUCCAAUAAAAAUAAGGAUGGAGAGAA